UACUAGUUGCUGCUGUUGUAGCAGUUGUAGUUGGGGGUGACGCACAAGACCAGCCCAACAGAGACUGGACUGAGGGGUUGCAUGUGUGUCCACGCCAUCUUCAUCCCAUCAAUGCUUUGUCCUCAUUCACUUCAGCGAUACACCAACUGCUAACUGACAAGGAUUGUCCAUGGCAACAGUAUCUCUAUGCAAUGGCUUUGCCCUUCUUCUUCUGUUACCUAAUUUCCUGACUGUACUAUCCACCACCCAAGAUGACCUUGUAAUCAACACCAGGCAUGGACAAGUUCAAGGGAAGUUGCUUCCAGGGCAGGGUGGUGAUGUUAGAGCAUUUCUGGGAAUUCCUUAUGGUAAACCACCUCUGGGGAAACUGAGAUUCAGAGCACCAGAGCCAGUAGAGAGAUGGGAAGGGGUGAGGGAUGCCACCAAAUUCCCAAAUGCCUGCUACCAGUUGCCGGAUACAGCCUUUCCAGGGUUCAAAGGAGCAGAAAUGUGGAACCCAAACACUCCUGUGAGUGAGGACUGUCUGUACCUAAACGUUUGGUCCCCACGUUUUAACAAAACCCAGCCUACGCCCCCACCACUUGCUCCUGUCCUUGUCUGGAUCUACGGAGGCGGGUUCACUCAAGGAACGUCCUCUCUGGACAUUUAUGAUGGUCGAUUCUUGAGUAAAUCUGAAAGUGUUGUUGUAGUAUCAAUGAAUUACAGGCUUGGAGCUUUUGGUUUCCUAUCUAUUCCUAACAGCAAGAACAUUCAGAACAAUGUAGGCCUGCUGGACCAGCGCUUGGCCCUCCAGUGGGUAGUCAACAAUAUUGCUGCAUUUGGAGGUGAUUCUGCAAAGGUGACUCUGUUUGGGGAGAGCGCUGGUUCAGCAUCUGUGGGCUUCCACCUGCUCUCCCCAGGCAGCCACGGUCUUUUUCAAAGGGCUGUGAUGCAGAGUGGCUCCCCUAAUGCACCCUGGGCCAUAAUCAGCCAGACUGAGACAUGGCGCAGGUCCAUGAAGCUGGUGACGUUACUGGGGUGUCCCGCGUCUCCUCCAGCUGAUACGGAAGCUUGUCUGCAGCUGGCUGAUCCACUAAAAAUCUCAACGAAGCAAUUCGACGUUUUAAUACAUCCUACAAUCUUAGCGACACCCUUUGUCCCUCAUGUUGACGGGGACUUCAUACCAGAUAAAGUUGAAGUGUUGCUUAAUACCGGUAUCCUUCCAAAGACAGAGGUCCUGUUUGGCCUAAACAAGGAUGAAGGGACCUACUUCUUAGUUUAUGGAAUGCCUGGAUUUAACAUCGCUGGUCAGAGCCUUAUCACCAGGAAUGAGUUCCUGAAAGGAGUGUCGAUUUCAAUGGCACGUGCAAGUGAUGUCACAAGAGAUGCGGCCAUUUUCGAGUACACUGACUGGACAGAUGAGAAUAACAGAAUGAAGAAUCGUGACUCGCUGGGAAGUCUGAUGGGAGACCAACUGUUUGUUUGUCCUGUGCUAGAGUUCGCUAAAAGGUACUCACAACGUGGUGGUAAGGCUUUCCUUUAUUUAUUUGAUCACCGGUCUUCCGUCAAUCCUUGGCCAGAAUGGAUGGGCGUUAUGCACGGCUACGAGAUAGAAUUUGUCUUUGGAAUGCCUCUGAAUGUAUCCCUGGGAUACACGAAGAAUGAGGUGAACAUGACCAAGAAGUUUAUGAAACACUGGGCCAACUUUGCCCGGACAGGUAAUCCAGGCAUUGAUGGGGCUAACUGGCCAGUGUUCACCCCUGAACAGCAAGUGUAUGUCACUCUGAACUAUAACCAUCCAGAACAAAAGAGGAUGAUGAGAGCUAACAAGUGUCACCUCUGGAACAAAUUAAUGCCAAAAGUACAAAAAGUAUCAGAAGAUCUUCUGUCUUGUGUUAAAGCAAAUGGGCUCAUUCUCCACUGUAAUUACACCUUCCUCAUCUUUCUAUUAGUUAUAACUUUAAUCUAUUGAUAGAGUGAUGAAACCUAUGUUCUAAACAGCCAUUUACAAAAGUUUACAUAAAAUAUAAUGGUUUGGUCUUUACUGUUAUUUAAAACAUGUUGAGAUUGGCCUACUGAAUUGUAAAAAUGUGAAUGGUCCUAAUGAGGGAAGCAGUACUUUUUCUCUUGCAGUUACUGGUAUUGUACCAUGCACGUAAACCAAAUAGUGGCUUAUGUUAUGAUGUGAAUUAUUAUUGUAUGAUAACGGUCCUUG